CAGCAGAGAAAGAAAAAACAUGGAGGGAGGCGGAGGCGUUAAGCUUCACGUCGGAGGAUUAGGAGAAAGCGUCGGGAGAUAUGAUCUUCUCAAGAUCUUCUCUUCCAUGGGUUCUGUUGAUGCUGUUGAGUUCGUUAGGACGAAAGGUCGUUCCUUUGUUUACAUCGACUUCUUUGAAAAAUCACUCCCCAAGCUCUUCUCCACGUAUAAUGGAUGUGUAUGGGAAGGAGGGAAGCUGCGGUUGGAGAAAGCCAAAACGGAAAAAUGAGAGGAGUCAGCUUCUGCCUCUGACGUCACCGUUAAAGAUCCUGAGGGACUCUACUCCUUCCACUCACCUUAACAUCUUCUUUCCCAAGCUCAGAAAGGUAUUGAAGCUUCGUCGAUACAUCCAACAUGUUAGAGUAAGGAUGACAAUUUGAACAUGGAAAAGGAUGAAUAUAUAGCACAGAGGAUAUGAUGAAUGCAGAAAAGGGAAGCUUAGUCUUGAAGGAUAUAAUGUGGAUCUUGAUAUGGACGAAGGAAAGGCAGGGGAAGCACCGUUUGAAGCUUGUAGCAAGUCAUGGCUUCAGAGGGCAUCAUGGACUCAGCUGGUUAGCGACAAGAAUGCUUCAUUCAGUAUAACUCAACUCUUCCCAGAUUUAGCUUCUGACAGUAGAGAAGAAGCUAGAGUCAACAGCAAUGGAGAUGGCCAGUUCUCCAACUCUAACCAGAACGAUGGUGGAAUGAAACAAAGGGAUCACUCGUGUAGCGCAGUGGUUCUGAGGCUGCGGCUGUCCAUGUGGAUAGAACCCUUUUGUACUUCCUAAUUCAAGUUAUUAGGUAAAAGACUAAAAGCCGAUUGAUGAACUGAAGAUGUGGUAAACAGAUGUAGCAUGAUUACAAAGAAAACUGUUAAGAUGCAAUAUUAUGUUUAACCAAGUUUUUGAUACUAACUGUGAUUGUUUUCAUUAGUUGUGUGAUGAAUUUUAUGUCAAUUUAUUAACUCCUACAUUUUAUUUGUAUAAAACUUAUUCGAUGCAUAAUCUUCAAUUAA